AUGGCAGCCACCGAUCUCCACCAGGCAGCAAAAGAAACGUUUGAAAUAUUCUCGCGCGAUCCCCAGCUAAAUAUGCUCAGCAAUCUACUGGAUACUGGCAAACUAGCAAUAACCGAGCAACGAUACACGGACGCUAUCAGUUGUUUUGACGACGCUAUCGGUAAAAUCAGAAGCAACUUACUGUCGACGGUUUCACUUUACCGCGCUACUGCCUUUGAGUUGGCUGGCCAUUACCAACUUGCCUACAAUGAUGCCUGUUGUGCCAUCAAGCAUGCGCAUACACUUGCUGACGGCUAUCUCUGCGCCGGCAAAUUGUUGCUUUUGCAAGAUAACCUCCGAGAAGCUGCCCUUAACUACCAGAAAGGUGUCUAUGCCGUGCCCCGUUCAGACCCAGGUCAUGCCGCACUGGUGAAUAUGGCACAGACGGUCGCUGCAGAGAUCGAUAGGCGCAACGCAUGGAAAUUGCCCUAUGAUGUGGUGUCGCAUAUCAUUUCUAUGCUGCCACUCGGCGAUCGAGUAAGGUUUUCGGCAACAAGUAAAUUUUGGCGCAAUUAUUUGUUCAAGUCGGCAGCCAUGUGGCAUACCCUUGAUAUCGUUCCCGAGUUGUCUACAUUUUCAAUGAAUCAAUUAAUGGCAGCAGCGUCAAGACAGCAUGUUCGUAAGCUCAAGCUGUACUCCAAGGAAGCUCUGAAUCUGGUCGCAAAGAACCGAUGGGAAAAUAUCGAGUCUUUAGUACUGGACAUUAAUGACUGGAUUGGGUCAGAAGCGCUGGUACGCCAUGUGUUUCAAAUGAACCACUGCAGUCUCAGAAAGCUAGCACUCCACAAGUCACCGCUUUUGGGAUCCAACAGUUUCCUGGCAGAUGUCCUCGCGGCAUGUCCUGGUAUUACUCAUUUAGCACUGGAUACUCAUCCUUCCGACAACCUCGGGCCACCAUCGCUGAAUUCACAACUAUUAUCACCGCUUCCCAAUAUGUCAUUCUCCAUAACUCAUCUCUAUAUCACGGAUGCUCGCGUCGCUGUAUACCUUCCCACUCUCCUACAACGAUGUCCACAACUACGCCAUCUUGCCCUCGCUAAACAUAAUUCGCUUCGAAAUGACGGUACUAUCCUAAAAACGAUCCAUCAAUGGUGCCCUCGCCUCUGCAGCUUUAGAUACGGAAUCCCAACUCUGGUCAAAUCAUACAAACCACCAGGGCUACUGCUAGCUGAAGAAAAGAACCAGGAUCGUGAUGGUUUAAGGUACCUGGCAUACUUUCCAUACGACGGCGGUACCGUUGAUGACGACUUAGCGCCAGUAAUGGAAUCCCAUCACAACACUUUGGAAGCAGUUUAUCUCGAUAUGUCCGCCAUUGUAGGGGGGACAUUCCGUUCAGUAACAGCACUGAUAUCCUUGGGAGCAACCCAUUUGCGCGAACUCCAACUGUAUAACUAUAUCCUCACCGGAUUCGGCAUCACGACACCUGAGAUAUCACCAAAUCAUUUAUGCGGCAUAUUCCAUGCUUGUACAGCACUCGAAGUUGUCAAUCUACGCCGUGUCAACGCUGUAAACAACCAAGUGCUCGAUGCGCUAGGUUGUCUAAUACAUCUAAAACGAUUGCAUCUUGCCUUCAAGUCUUACUCUGCGACCUCAGUCAUGUUUACCAAGGAUGGAAUCCGCCACUUUUUUGAAAAAACGGAGAGCUUACAGGAAUUUCAUUUUCAUACUGAAAACCCUUUUGUAACGGAUGAUAUUUUGUAUGCUGUGGGUGGCCAUAAAGGAUUACAGCGCUUGGAGUUGUGGAGUGAUUCGAGUUUGGCUGUUAAGGGCGUGACAAGGUUCGCUAGUGAAAUGCAAGACUCAAAUCUGACGCAUGUCGUGCUUCGCGCGCCCCCAUACCUUUCGGUAAUACCAAUCGAUUUCGCAAGACUGGGUAUAUUACGAAAAUUGAACUAUCUCGAAUUGCGCGGAUACAAGGAAAGUGGUGUAACAAAACACAAUCUGCUUGCAGUGUUUUUCCAGCAAAGGUUAUCUGAUGCGGCUCGAUUGACAGUCGUCUUAAAGCGAGGACAAGUGGCAGAGGAAUAUCUUAGCGACCAGUGGCUUGACAACUUCUAUAAUCCCCGGAUAAUACCACCUGUGAAGCUUGUAGAAUGCGACCAAAAAUACCUAUCUCCUGAAUGGAUGAUGUAG